AUGCCUCUCGACGAAGAAGGUGCCAAGUGGUCCUGUGAACCAUGCAUUCGAGGUCACCGAUCGUCAAAAUGCCAACACUUCGAUAGACUCAUGAUGAAGGUCCCUAAAGCAGGCCGUCCUCUGGCAAAAUGUCCCCACCCGAAAGGAACUUGCAGCUGCCAGAAGACAUAUGCCGUGAUGGUCCGCAUUCCGAAAGGCUCAUCAUGCUUAUGUCGACCGCUUUAUAAAGUCCCCAUGGAUGCCAAUGACUCAACUCAGUCUCCCCCAUCCUCCAUGGUUUCCACAUCGUCACCAGCUCCGGGCAAGGUUCAAAAGUCUGGAAGAAGACAGAGUACUAUGCAAGCAGCACCUGAAAACAUAGCACGGGCAUUAGAAAAUAUGCCAGACAAGGUUAAGCUCGAAGAUGGAACGCCAAACUUGAUUUCAGACUUCUCUUCACAGCCCGGGUUAAAUGGUUCACGCGCAUCUCCCACUACAUCUACACAAAACAAAAAGACGCCAUCGCCCGCAGAACCUACCAGACAAGACUCGCAGUCUCCCCAAGUAUCAAGCUGCUGCUCUCAAAAGACAAAGCCAAAGCCACCUACCCCAACCCCCGCUCCCACGGCGGCUGUUGCUCCGCCCCAGAAUGGUGGAUCUUGUUGUGGAGCGUCUCGCCCUUCCACAAAUCAAGCUGUGUACACUGAGGCUGACCAGCAGCAGUUCCAACAACCUAUGGCUUGGGGUGAUCAAAGUUAUAUGCAAUUCCCCAUACCCCAAAUGUCCCCAUGGCAAAAUUCCUCAAUUCCCACGCAUGGAGACUACAUGCAUUCCUCCAUGCAUCAAGCACAUCCCCAACACCCAAGCCUUCAUAAUGGGUACAUGGGAAUGAUGCUGGCACACUCUCAGCCCCAAAUACCGCCAACAGGGAUGUCAUACGGUGUCACAUCGCCACCGUCCAUGGCGUACUCCAACCCGAUGAGCGGUCUUGGAAUCACGCAGCCCUCUACGGGUCCAUACAUGCUCGAUAACAUCGAGCCUUCGUACAAUGCCCCACCAAGCGGCGAUCCUUGUCACGAUUGUAAAUGCGGAGAAGACUGCCAGUGCCUUGGUUGCGCUGCUCAUCCAUUCAACACCACAACACGGCAGCAUGUCCAAGAGAUGGGUGCCAUCAUCACCUCCAACGGCGAUGAUAAGAACCCGGAAGUCAUCAACCCUUACCAAGCCUCACCUUACCAGGGAGGCACCCCUUCGACCCCAUUCCCUUACUUCAUGCAAAGCACUCCUUCGAUGGACCAUGGCUUCCAGCCAAUUCCAUUUGAUAGCUACUCGGACCCAAAUUCCACACUACCCAGCGGUUACUCCUCCCCUCUGUCGGCAAAUCACCAGCUGAACCAGCAGUUGAUGCAUCCUUCGGAGUAUUAUACGCUGGAAUACCCAGUCGGGCUACCAAGCGCCUGUUCUGACAUGACGGGCAGCUGCCAAUGUGGCAGCGACUGCAGCUGUGUCGGCUGUCUCACACACAGCGGCCACAACGGUCUUUCUCUAGACUUGCCUAACCCCGAGCAUUCCACUUCCCACACAGCGGACAAGCAAACCCAACCUUCGCGCCAUGUUCCCCACACAAGUUCCGCUGCAUCUCAAUCUUCGCGGAUUCCAGUAUUAGACAAUGUGUCUGUGCCCUGCCUCAGUCCGCGCACUUUGGAGACUUCCAUGAUCUAG